AUGAUCAGGCUAUUAACUGUUGUCAUAUAUAUGUUUGCCAUCAGUUCAAAUGCGAAUCCACAUGGUUAUUUAAAAAGUGAAAUACCUGAAGCAUUAUUAGAUUCAAAUUCAUUUAUGGACAAUAGUCCAUAUUAUUAUCAAAGAUCACAGUUUCCUAAAUGGUGGAAAACAAUGAAUGAUAAACGUUGGUUUCCUAUAAAAGAAUAUCGUGGUGGAUUAAUGGAAGUUUAA